GUUGUAGGCGACGUACUCUUUUUACCCAAAAUCAAUUCAAACAUGGGAGGAGAAGGGAAAAAAACACCUCUUACCCAUUCAGACAUGAAUGUUUUCACGGUUUCUUCUUUGUCACAUUUCAUUCCUUAAUGACUUAAUUUGUGUAACAAAUUUCACAAAACUAAUAAGGAAAUAUUGUGCAUGUGCAUCUAUAACAUCACAUUUUCUCAAGAAUAUGAGAAUCAAAUAUCUUACACCAACAUGCAUGUGUUGGUUUCGGUGUAGAAAAGAUAAGGCUCCAAAAGCCAGUUAUAAAAUUUCAUGUAAUAAGAUAAUUUUGUUGUGAUUUUUUUGUAUUUUUGUUUAUAUGUGUGUAUAUAUCCAUGACAUUUGAAGUAUUUGGUGGGAGGAGUUUUUAAUAUUCCAAAUGUAAAAUAACAAAAUGAUGGGUAAAGAUAGUAGUAUGAUGAAGGCAUGGGAGGCUACGGUGAAGAAGACGCAGGCGGUUGCAAAGAAGCGUGCCAAUAGCAUAUUUGGUUCAACAUAUGUAGCAGCUUCACAAGGAGAUGAAAAUGAAAACAAGGAUGAAACAGAAGUAUACCAUGCAGAGAGGGUUCUAUCGAAUGGAGAUUACUAUAAGGGAGAAUGGGUCGAUAACUUUCCGCAUGGGAAAGGAAAGUAUUUAUGGACAGAUGGGUGUAUAUAUGUUGGAGAAUGGUUCAAAGGUAAAACAAUGGGAAAAGGAAGGUUCACUUGGCCUACAGGUCCAUCUUAUGAAGGUGAAUUCAAGAGUGGUUAUAUGGAUGGGAUAGGUUCAUACACUGGUGCUAAUGGAGAUACUUAUAAGGGGCAAUGGGUAAUGAAUUUAAAACAUGGUCAUGGUGAGAAGAUUUAUUCAAAUGGAGAUAAGUAUGAGGGGGAAUGGAGAAGGGGUUUGCAGGACGGACAAGGGAAGUACGAGUGGAAAGACGAGAACUAUUACAUCGGGGAAUGGAGAAAUGGAAGUAUUUGGGGUAAAGGCUCGUUCGUUUGGAGUAGUAAUGGGAAUAGGUAUGAUGGGUAUUGGGAAGAUGGUUUACCUAAAGGGAAUGGAACAUUCAAAUGGGUUGAUGGAAGUUUUUAUGUAGGUAAUUGGAGUAAAGAUCCGGUAGACCAAAAUGGAACAUAUUAUCCGUCUUCUCCAGGGUCGUCUGAGGGUCAUCUUGAUUGGGAUCCACAACAAGUGUAUAUUGAGUUAAGUGAAUAUCAAAUUUGUCCAAGCGAAAAGGUUUCAAUUUUGCCAUCGCAGAAACGACUUGCAGUGUGGAGGUCUACAAAGGGAGGUGGAGGGGACUGUGUUAGUGGUAAGCCUAGAAGAAUGUCGGUGGAUGCAGGGAGGGCGAGUGUAGGGGUUGAAAAACCAAGUGAUAGAAUGCAAAUAUGGGGUGGUGGGGAGGGUACAGAUAUUAAUAAUGGUAGUAGAACUCCAAUUAAAGAGGGUCAUGAAUUGUUUACUUUACAUGCACAUGCUUGUAAUAAUCCAGGCCAACCUUUGAAAGCACCUAAGAAAUCAAAGAGGCAAGGAGAAACCAUAUGUAAAGGACAUAAAAAUUAUGAGCUUAUGCUCAAUUUACAAUUAGGAAUCAGGCACGCCGUUGGAAGACCUGCCCCCUCGGCAUCUUUAGAUUUGAAGCCUUCGGCUUUUGAUUCCAAAGAAAAAGUGUGGACUAGAUUUCCUCCUGAAGGAUCCAAAUAUACACCUCCACAUCCAUCUAGUGAGUUCAAGUGGAAAGACUAUUGCCCUGUAGUUUUUAGAACUCUUAGGAAGUUAUUCAAAGUGGAUGCAGCGGAUUACAUGUUAUCGAUAUGUGGAAAUGAUGCCCUACGCGAACUUUCUUCUCCUGGAAAAAGUGGAAGCUUCUUUUACUUGACCAAUGAUGAUCGUUAUAUGAUUAAGACAAUGAAGAAAGCCGAGGCAAAAGCUCUCUUGAGAAUGCUUCCUGCUUAUUAUAAUCAUUUUCGAUCAUUUGACAAUGCUCUACUGACAAAGUUUUAUGGCUUGCAUUGUGUGAAGUUAAACGGACCUUCUCAAAAAAAGGUUCGGUUUAUCAUAAUGGGAAACCUUUUCUGUUCUGAGUAUACCAUACAUAGACGUUUUGAUUUGAAGGGUUCUUCACUUGGGCGCAUAACAACUAAGCCCGAGUCAGAGAUUACUGAAACAACCAUCCUUAAAGAUCUUGAUUUAAAUUUUAUAUUUCGACUACAGCGGUCUUGGUUUCAAGAAUUUUGCAGGCAAAUUGACAGGGAUUGUGAGCUUCUGGAACUGGAAGGAAUUAUGGACUACAGUUUAUUAGUUGGGAUUCAUUUCAAAGAUAUAUCACCAGAGGGAGAACUUAUUCCUUCAGGAUCUCAUUCUCCACCUGCAGGUGAUUCAGAGAGUGAAGGAACUCCGCAUAUGUCACGAGUAGACAUGGAUCAACUUCUUCUAGAUCCUUCAAGGUGGGCAAGUAUCAAAUUGGGAGUGCAUAUGCCAGCAAGGGUUGAAAGGACGGUAAGAACAAGUGAUUGUGAAUUGCAACUUGUAGGAGAACCAAUUGGAGAGUACUAUGAAGUUGUCUUGUUUUUUGGUAUCAUAGACAUACUUCAAGACUAUGAUAUCAGUAAGAAGCUUGAGCAUGCCUAUAAGUCCAUUCAUUAUGACCCUACCUCAAUAUCAGCCGUUGAUCCAAGACAAUACUCGAGGCGUUUUCGUGAUUUCAUAUUCAAAGUUUUUUCACAAGAUUCUUCUUGAAAUGUAAUCCUAAAGAAUAUCGUGUGAGCAUCACAAUUAGCAACAUAUGCUAGUUUUUGGAAAAGUCUUCCCUACUGAGGAUUCUACCAAGAACUUGAUUGGUAAAAAAAAAUCUUAAUCACCAUUUGAUUUUAUUUAUACACACACAAAGAUCGAUAUGGAAUUCUUACAUUGUGACAAAUUGAGUGUUGCAAGUCACACCUCAUAUACCCUUUGAAUUUUCACCAUAGAUAGGAUCAUAUAGUUAAAAGUUGUAUAAUUUUAUUUAAUUCUAAUAAUUUUUUUUAUUCAGUUCUUAAUUAGCUUCGUUCUACGUAAUGCUGGAAGCAAAAACAACUCGGUUUCCUUGCAUCUUGUACGCCAUUGCUAAAAUAGGUUCUUCACUUGAGAUGUAUAUUACUAUUUAGUAUUAGUAAAAUAGAAGAUCAAUGUAUAUGAUCAUUUUUUCAAGGCUUAGAUGUACUUUUGUCUCUAUUUUAAUAUUUUGAAUUUUUAGUCCUUCGUUUUUU